ACUGAGCGGCCUGGACAGCCUGGCCUGGACGGGGCGGGGGAGGCCAUGGCCUCGGCAGAGUUGCAGGGGAAGUACCAGAAGCUGGCUCAGGAGUACUCGAAGCUUCGGGCUCAGAAUCAGGUCCUAAAAAAAGGUGUUGUGGAUGAACAAGCAAAUUCUGCUGCUUUAAAGGAACAACUGAAAAUGAAGGAUCAGUCAUUGAGGAAACUACAACAGGAAAUGGAUAGUUUGACAUUUCGAAAUCUGCAGCUUGCCAAGAGGGUAGAACUACUUCAAGAUGAACUAUCCCUAAGUGAGCCUCGAGGCAAGAAGAACAAGAAAAGUGGAGAGUCUUCUUCUCAGUUGAGCCAAGAGCAGAAGAGUGUCUUUGAUGAAGAUCUGCAAAAGAAGAUAGAAGAAAAUGAACGGUUGCAUAUACAAUUUUUCGAAGCUGAUGAACAGCACAAGCAUGUGGAAGCAGAGCUGCGGAGUCGGCUGUCUGCUUUGGAGACAGAAGCUGCCCAGCACCAAGCUGUGGUAGAUGGCCUGACACGCAAGUACAUGGAAACCAUCGAGAAACUGCAGAAUGACAAAGCUAAACUAGAAGUAAAAUCUCAGACUCUAGAAAAAGAGGCCAAGGAAUGUCGACUUCGAACAGAAGAAUGUCAGUUACAGUUAAAGAGUCUUCAUGAAGAUUUGUCAGGUAGAUUGGAGGAAUCCUUAUCAAUCAUCAAUGAAAAAGUACCUUUUAAUGAUACAAAGUAUAGUCAGUAUAACGCGCUCAAUGUUCCACUCCACAAUAGGAGGCAUCAGCUGAAGAUGCGAGAUAUUGCUGGGCAGGCCCUGGCUUUUGUUCAAGAUCUUGUGACAGCUCUUCUGAACUUUCACACCUAUACAGAACAGAGGAUUCAGAUUUUUCCUGUUGAUUCUGCCAUAGACACUAUAUCACCAUUGAAUCAAAAGUUCUCACAAUACCUGCAUGAAAAUGCGUCUUAUGUCCGCCCCCUUGAGGAAGGAAUGCUUCAUUUAUUUGAAAGUAUUACUGAGGAUACUGUGACUGUCCUGGAGACAACUGUGAAAUUGAAAACAUUUUCAGAGCACCUAACGUCCUAUAUAUGUUUCCUUAGGAAGAUUCUUCCUUACCAAUUAAAAAGUUUAGAAGAAGAAUGUGAAUCUUCUCUUUGCACAUCUGCAUUAAAAGCCAGAAAUCUAGAGCUGUCUCAGGACAUGAAAAAGAUGACAGCUGUGUUUGAGAAGUUGCAGACUUAUGUCACUCUUCUCGCCUUGCCAAGUACAGAACCAGAUGGACUCCUUCGGACAAACUAUAGUUCUGUCUUAACAAAUGUUGGUGUUGCUCUGCAUGGAUUUCAUGGUGUCAUGAAAGAUAUUUCUAAACAUUAUAGUCAAAAAGCUACAAUAGAGCAUGAACUUCCAACAGCAACACAGAAGCUGAUAACAACGAAUGAUUGUAUCCUGUCAUCCGUAGUGGCAUUAACAAAUGGAGCAGGAAAGAUUGCAUCUUUCUUCAGCAACAAUGUGGACUACUUCAUUGCUUCACUGAGCUACGGGCCUAAGGCGUCAAGUGGAUUCAUUAGUCCUCUUUCAGCAGAAUGUAUGCUACAGUACAAGAAAAAAGCUGCUGCCUAUAUGAAGGCUUUAAGAAAGCCCCUCUUGGAGUCUGUGCCUUAUGAGGAAGCACUGGCAAACCGCCGGGUCCUUCUCAGCUCUACUGAAAGUCGAGAAGGCCUUGCACAACAGGUUCAACAGAGUUUGGAAAAGAUUUCUAAACUGGAACAGGAAAAAGAACAUUGGAUGUUGGAAGCACAGUUAGCCAAAAUCAAGCUAGAGAAAGAAAACCAACGGAUCGCAGAUAAGCUGAAGAGUACAGGUAGCGGCCAGUUUGUUGGGCUGGCCCAAGAAAAUGCUGCCAUGUUGAGUGCUACUGGCCAAGGUGAAGCUGUAGCCAAGGCUGUGUUGGAGCCUGUUCAGAGCACCAGUCUGAUUGGGACUUUAACCAGGACAUCUGACAGCGAGGUUCCAGAUGUGGAAUCUCGAGAAGACUUGAUUAAAAAUCACUACAUGGCAAGGAUAGUGGAGCUUACGUCCCAGCUGCAGCUGGCUGACAGUAAGUCAGUGCAUUUUUAUGCUGAGUGCCGAGCACUCACUAAAAGACUAGCCUUGGCUGAGAAGUCUAAGGAGGCAUUGACAGAGGAGAUGAAACUUGCCAGUCAGAACAUCAGCAGACUUCAGGAUGAGCUGACAACCACCAAAAGGAGUUAUGAGGAUCAGUUAAGCAUGAUGAGUGACCAUCUGUGCAGCAUGAAUGAGACAUUGUCUAAACAGAGAGAAGAGAUUGACACCCUGAAGAUGUCCAGUAAGGGAAAUUCAAAAAAGAACAAGAGUCGAUAGCUCAUAAAUAGCUGGUUGGCGACUGUUCUUUCCAGAGCUGCUGCUACUGCUGCUGCACAGAGCUGCAGGCCGAGACUCCUCGUCCAGUGCUGGCGGUUUCGGGAAGCUGAAGUGUUGUUGGACCUAGUAAACUAGUCAGUGUUGUAAAUGGCCUUGAAACAUUUAAAAUAUAUUUGUAACCAGUAAGGCAAACACAGAAUUUGAUGUUGACAGUAAAAUGGAAAACAGUACACAUACCAUGGAUAUUAUAGGUUUCCUUAUGCUGUUUUUACUGUGCACUUUUUAAAAUUAGGUUUUAAUUUCAGUAUGUGAGAACAACAAAUAUUUUGUAUAUUUUCAAACUCAAUUAUAUGGUAAUCGAUUUGGUAUCUAUGGAAUAGAUAUAUGUUUCUGGAUAAAAUGCUUAAAUUGUCAAACUGUCAUUACUUCCUACUAUAAUUGAAAGCAGUCUCCAGAUUCUUUUUUAAAGAUUUAUUCAUAUUCUCUAUCUCUCCCUCCCUCUCAGAGGGAAUGAGUCUUGCAAACUUCAGAUCCUGUGGGUUUAUUAUCAUUGUCUUCAGCUCUUCAGUACCCUCUCUGUGUUAGGAUAAUAGCUCAAGAAAAUUCAUGUCAAUAAAUUCAUACUUAUGUCAAA